AAAAACAGCUGGAAUUUCAGUAUUUUCGGGUCUGUGAAAUGAAAGUCACAGAGGACUCAGUCGUAAAGCUCACCGUGGAGGCUCGUUGUUUUCGUUUCGAUCAGCUGGUCGCAGGUCGAGGCUGUUUGAGGUUUACAUGCAAACGUCCACUGAGCUUUGGACUCUGAAACGCCCCCUGACGUCAGAUAAACAUUACACUAGAGUGAAGACUAGUUUAAUUCAGUGUAAGAUCAUGCUGCCCUUGUCAAUGAUACAUGAAGCAUAACGUUGUGGAGGAUGGGUGGUGCUGGUGUUAGCAGACAUGUUAGAAAGCCAGAUAAAGUAGUUGUAGUAUGUGGUGAGGAAGUCAGAAGAGCAACAGAAUCAGCUUAAAGAGUUGUACAAUCAUUCACCUCCUGGGUAGAGUUGAGAACACUUAUCAGUUAAUAGGGGAAAUAAAGAUAAUCGGCUGAUGGAGUACAGUGAGAGAGUGCUUUGUGGGAUAGGGGAGGUGGAGCUGGACCCCAAUGUCGUGAGUGAAGAGGCAGGAAAACUGUAUUCAGAGCUCCAGACAGUUAUUGAGAACCAUGGUGAAGGUGUGGUGGAGUCGCUGGUACCCAUCUUCGUGUGGGUCCUGGAGGCGCUGGCCAGCUGCAAAGCCCAGCUGAGGGACCGGGAGGAGGAGGCGGAGAGAGAGAAAGUUGAGUGGGAAAAGCUGCUGGAGAGAUACCAAGCAGAGAAAGCCCUCCGGAAAGAAAGUCAAGAGAGGUAUCUGGAGCUGGAUGACCAGAUUGAACAAGAAAGGAGAGCCAUGAGGGGGAGGGAAACGGAGAGAGAGCGGCGAGGUAGAGAGCUGGAGAAGAAGGCGAGGGAGCAGGCUGAUCACUUGAUGGCCUUGGAGGACCAGAAGGCAAACCUGAGUAGAGAGCUGAGCACACUGAGGCAAACGCACAGCAAGCUGGUUUACACGUAUCGGGAAGUUUUGGAAAAGAGAAAAGAUUCUGACAGAGAUUCUCCUUUAAGGAAUCAGGUCGGUCUCAAGAAUAAUUACUUUCCAUCCAACCAAGUCUUGUCAGGAUUCAGUAUGAAUGACAAGAUGAUGCGAAGACCACAUUCACAGUCUGGUCCCCCCAGUUUGGAAGAUCUAGGGGUCAAGACAGAAAAGGGAAUUGUCAUCGCCGUGAAGCCCGCCGCAGAUAGAUUCAUCAAUAACAUCAUAAGCUCCACUCCUGAGCUGAAGCAAUUUCAUAGCGGUGGAAUUGUAAGCACCACAAAUCCAGCGGGAGAUGAGUCUGAGAUCACCGUGGAGGACGAGAUGAGGGAGGUGGAGGAGAGGGAGUGCAAAGUCGAAGAGGUGCAAGGUGGAGGGAGGCAGGAAAAGUUUCUGGUUAAGGAGGAGGUGGAGGUGGAGGAAGAUGAUCUUAUGGAGUACAAGUUGCGCAACAAUGACUCCGUGUUCUCCGAGCUGUCCGACCUGAGUCUGGAUUACGUGGAGAGUGUGGACCGAGGGGCCAGUGUGAGAGGCGGUGCAGACCAGUUUGAGGAGAUACUUUCUCAGUAUGAGGAACUAAAAGUCACCCAGGAGUCAGUGGACGCUGCCCGUAAGGCGUUGAUAUCCCGGGUCGUAGAGCUCACCGAUGACCGCUCUGCUCUUCAACUGGAGGGGACCGCUCUUCAAGGGACCGUCUCACGAUUAGAGGGGAGGAUGAAGGAGAAGGAGGAGGAAAUUAAGAGACUUCGUAAAGAACUGGAAGCCUGCCAGUCUGAGGAUCCUGAUGCCUCUCUACCCACGUGCAUGCGCAACUUCUCUCGCUCUGAAAUGGCCCGUGUGGUCAUGGAGAAGAACCAAUACAAGCAGCGUCUGCUUGAGCUGCAGGAAGCUGUGCGACGCAGCCAGACACUCCGAGCAACACAGGAUGAGAGGUCAACAGAAGACAAAAGGUCAAGUGUUUGGCGAAAGUUCAACCGCUUGUUUGGCCUGUCCAAGGUGUCUCUAAUCCCACCCUCUGCUUCUGCAUUCGCCAUGCCAACUUCCCCACCACUCACUCGCUCUCCACAACGACCGGCUACCAGUCACCCUCAUGCCGAAUCUGCUUCUCCCGCUGCUCUCUCUCCUCAUGUCAGGAGGCGAGAACUCUACAGAGAAAUUCGCUCGCACAUCUGGGCAUCGCUUGGAAAACGGCAGAUCCACGGCUGGAGCACACCGCUGGCACACACACAGGAAUCCCAUGAACCUGUGCCAGAGCCGAAGGAUGUGCCUAUUCUACUGCAGCUCAGACUGCUGGAUCAAAGGGACUCCACAGCCAAGCUGAACUGUGCGGUUGCAGUCACACCUGAGAUCUCAGGAGAGGCCACAUGUUCUGUGUGGGUCGUUUCGGGCCCUGCCUCCCGCAGUGAGAUCACUGUGAUCGAUCCGGCGCGGUCCAACACAGUACUGGAUCAGUUCUGCCUCCCUCCCACAGCUCCUGCUCUCUGCAUCUGCGCUGUUCCUCCUAUAGGUGACACUGCAGGAACAGUGUGGAUCGGAACUCAGGAAGGAAGUAUAAUGAUACACUCGGCCUCUGCUGGCAGGAGGCGCUGUCUGCAGUCGGUUUAUCUCUCAGAAGGUGUUCAUUCGCUCCAGUAUUCCCAGGAUCAAGUCAUCGCUGGUUUAGCUGAUGGGACUUUAGCAUUUUUCUCACACAGUUCAGGCGGCUGGAAUCUACAGUCGCACUCGGUGAUGCCUCUUGGAUUGAACCCUUUGCAGCCAAUCCGCUGCUGCCUCGCUAAAGGUGGCCGCUUGUGGGUGGGAUAUUGGAACAAAGUCCAUGUGGUGGAUGUUGUCAGCCAGAAGCUCGAGCAAACCUUCUCAGUCUCUGAACGCAGUGAGCAGCAGGUUCGUUUCCUCUGUGCUGGGGGAAGUGGUGUUUGGACUUCCUGCCGACUUGACCCGAUGCUCCGACUGUUUGACUGGUCCACAGGACGGCCGCUACAGGAAGUCGAUUUCACUGUUUUGGUCACUAAAACAUUAGGCCAGGCCUUCCUCACACUCUCACCUCUCCAGAUCUCGUCUCUCGCCGUCAUCUCUGGCCGUCUGUGGGUGGGCACAGGAGGGGGGGCCAUUUUCUCCAUCCCAUUAUCCAUAACAUCAGAGGCUGUUUCCAUCCCAUAUUGCUCCAUUUCAUCCGCCCAGCUGUGUUACCAUGGACACAGACACGCUGUCAGGUUCAUCAUCGCUGCACCUGGUUGUUUGAUUGUCUCCCCUGGCAGCAGCAACGUUACUACCUCUCAGGUUAUCCUCAGUGGAGGAGAGGGCUACAUCAAUUUAAGAAUUGGAGACGAUGCAAAUGAGGGAUCUGUUGAGCUGUCCCAAACGACACCUCAGCGGUCUGAACGCAGUCACAUGAUCAUCUGGCAGAAUCCCACCCCCUCUGUGCCGAGCCCUGCCCUCUGACAUCGAUCAUCUCCUCGUUGUGUCCUUUUUGAAAUGAGAUAAAGACGCAGCAGUCACGUACUGCACACCAGCAACACUAGAGACAACUUUGGAAUUGGUGCUUUCAAGGAACUGAAAGAACCGGCGUCUCAAUUGUGGCAGCAGUAAAAGUGCGUGUGUGUGUGUGUGUGCGUGUGUAUGUAUAAAUCAGGUUUCAUUCUUGUUUACCUCAUUCAUUUUGAACAUCUUUUGACUGAAGUUUUCUGAUGGAUGUUGAUGCCUUACUGUUUGCCUUCAUCUAACUUUAUAUAAUUUCUGGUCAGUAAUUCAGCUGCUUGAUUGUUAAUAGUUCUUUAUUUUAACCUUUGCACUAACAAAGUAUUCAGUUUCCCUGACAUACAGCUUAUCAUUCCUCCCAGGGGGCACCAGGUGUUUCUGUCCAAUAUCUUUUGAUUAUAAUGUUUGAUUUAAUGUGGCUGCUCUUGAAACUAUUGUGUACAUAUUUUGUUGUUAACUGUCAACUGGAACCCGGUAUUGAUCUUCUCUCAGUUUACUGUACAGCACAGACGAUUAGACACUCCCUAUCUCCUGUUGGGGGAUAAUUUAUAUUGAUUGUGAUGUUGUUUUUUGAUCUCUUUUCAAAUUCUUCCCCUUCACAUUGCAUAUGGUGUAACUACAAACAGCACAUUUUGAAUGUGCCCAUAUGAGAAAUAUGUGAUAUCCCAUCUUCUAAAUGAACAACUUUUGUGCUCAUCGUCAGACAUUAUUUAUUUUCUCUAUCAAUUAUCUGUUUAAUGUAUUUGGAUGUCUUCAUUUGUUUUAUGUUUUAAUUUGAUUUCACUUUUGUAAAAUAAGGGAGUUUGUGCACUCAUUAUACUUUUUGGAAAGUAAGUUAAGACUUGAGUAUUUGUUGACGCUCAACUCGUGCAAAAAGUAUUAUUGUAAUGUUUUAAAUGGUUAAUGGAGUAACUUUCA